GCAAGCAGCUGAUGGGCAGCGAGUGCGCUCAGAUGCUUUGCAGGCACGGCUCGCCGGCAUGACGAAGGAGCAUCAGGAGGCUGUCCUUGCGUCGAGGCGCGACACCAGCUUGUCGCAGGCGAACUUGCAGAGGCUCCAUGCGGAGCUGCAGAAGAGCCGCGCAGAGGUGACAGCACAGCAAGAGGAGAUUCGACGGCUCCGCAUAGAGCUGCAGGCCUCCGGCUCCCAGCAGCGGCAGCACGCGCAAGAUUUGGAGGCGGAGCGCUUGCGGGCCGCGGGCUCUGACCUCGCGGCGGCACAGGCUGGCCAGGAGCAAGCGAGGUUGAAGGCCACCUUGAGGCGGGUGGACGACGAUCAGCGUGAGCAGCUGGAGAUUUUCUCUGCUCAAGCUCUCGAAGAGAAGAGGCGUUUGCAGCAGCGUUUACAGGAUGAGCAUCAUGAGCUCGUGACCUGCCGGAAGGUUGUCGGCAACCUGGAGGCGGUGCUCGCAGAGGUUCGAGCCCUGGUGCCUGCUGCCAUGGGUGCUGUGGAAUUCGUCAGAGAUGUGGAGAAUCCUGCGCUAAAAUUGGCACGGGGGCCUGUUCUUCUUUCACUAAAUACUUCCGUCCGCAUACCAGUGCUGGCCUUGAGGUGGGGGCCUGGCACAUAUCUAGACUCCACUCCAGGUUGGCAGGCAGUCAGAGAGGGCUUGUUUGCCCUGCUCCAUCAGUUGCAGACUGGCGCCACUACGCCAGAGAAGAUAGUGCUGAGUGUUUGUGAAGUGGAUGGUCUUUGGUUUUGCAGCGAAGCUUCGGAAGCAAGGAGCUUUGCCGCACUCCUUCUCUACCAGGCUUUGCACCGUGAUGCCCCGGUGUCUCCGACAUGCCGUGUCACAUCUGCGCACAAGAUCAUGACUGUUCCAAAGGAGGACUUCAAGCAUUCGGGAUUGAGUGUAUUGACCGGAAGCGCAGCCUGGAGAGACCCACCGAAGGAUGACGAGGACUUUCUACGAGCCUUCCUCGUCGGCUCCCCCUUGAGGGAUGCCAUGAGUGACUUUCUGUACCACCAACGGCGUAAUCGUGUUCAGGAUGCCUUGCAGCGCGAGCUGGCCAAUGAUGCAUUUUCAACAUCGUCUUUGGCUGGCCGAAGCCCGCAGACGAAGGAGGAUCCUGUGGAGAAUGCCGACCGCAAGAUGCCUGCAAAGCUUUGGCAUCAACCAGGCGGCUCUUUCAUUUCGGCUCAGGCAGCUUCGGCUGCGCCUGCGGCUUGUCGUGAGGGCAGGAAGCAAGCUCCGAUUUGA